CACGGAGUGCGUAAAAAAGAACUGGGAGAAUUAAAAAUGGGAGCUCUAAGCGAGGGCUGUAGUCUUUGCAUGGUCCAUAUUAUUCCAAUUGUUACUGUUAGCGCUAUGACAAUGGCUUACUUGCUUACUCAUCAGCAAAUUGUCUCCACCAAUUACAUUCCAUGUUUAAUUUUGAUCCUGAUUAAUUUAAAACACUGCGUAAGGAGCAGUUGGUUAGCAAUGAGCAGUAUUUCACAUGGAUUAGCUUCAUUGAACAAAUUAAAAACUGUUUUGGUAUUGAAAGACACUGAUCGUUAUACUGACAAGCCUAUUGAUAAAAAUUACGCAAUUACUAUUAAUUCUGGACACUUUUCCUGGGAUUAUAAUAGUGAUAAACGUCAGACGUUUUAG